UGUAAAGUUGUGCGAUUGUGUGAGAAUUUUGAUUAGAUGUGUGUGUGUAUGUGUUGAUUGUUGGAAAAUAUUUUCGAACGUUUCGAAGCAGCGUCCAUGUUCACAUCGACACUUGUCGUUUGGCCGUUGACGUUGAAGCUGCGCAUCGUUCGCGUUUAAUAAAAUCUUUUUAAAAAAAAUAAUUUUGUUUGCCUGUGCGAUUUGAUAGACAAUUCUAUCAGUUUAAUUCAUAUUGUAAAAGUACUUUCAUUUAAACAAAAGAAUAAAAAAUGUGUGACGAAGAAGUAGCCGCUUUAGUCGUAGACAAUGGAUCCGGUAUGUGCAAAGCCGGUUUUGCCGGUGAUGAUGCACCCCGUGCAGUGUUCCCAUCCAUCGUUGGUCGCCCACGUCAUCAAGGUGUUAUGGUCGGUAUGGGACAAAAAGAUUCGUAUGUUGGUGAUGAAGCCCAAAGCAAACGUGGUAUCCUUACUUUGAAAUACCCAAUUGAACACGGUAUCGUUACAAACUGGGAUGAUAUGGAGAAAAUCUGGCAUCACACCUUCUACAAUGAAUUGCGUGUCGCACCCGAAGAACAUCCAGUGCUCUUGACAGAAGCCCCAUUGAAUCCAAAAGCCAACAGAGAGAAAAUGACCCAAAUCAUGUUCGAAACCUUCAACACACCAGCUAUGUACGUUGCUAUCCAAGCCGUUCUGUCACUGUACGCUUCCGGUCGUACCACUGGUAUCGUUCUAGAUUCUGGUGAUGGUGUGUCCCACACUGUACCAAUCUAUGAAGGUUAUGCUUUGCCACAUGCUAUCCUUCGAUUGGAUUUGGCUGGACGUGAUUUAACCGACUACUUGAUGAAGAUUUUGACUGAACGAGGUUAUUCAUUCACCACAACAGCCGAACGAGAAAUCGUUCGUGACAUCAAAGAGAAAUUGUGCUACGUAGCACUCGAUUUCGAACAAGAAAUGGCCACAGCCGCUAGCUCCAGUUCAUUGGAAAAGAGCUACGAAUUACCCGACGGACAAGUCAUCACAAUCGGAAACGAACGAUUCCGUUGCCCAGAAGCUCUAUUCCAACCGUCGUUCUUGGGUAUGGAAGCCUGUGGUAUCCACGAGACCACCUACAAUUCCAUCAUGAAGUGUGAUGUCGAUAUCCGAAAAGACUUGUACGCCAACACCGUUUUGUCUGGUGGCACCACCAUGUACCCGGGCAUUGCCGACCGUAUGCAGAAGGAAAUCACUGCAUUGGCCCCAUCAACAAUGAAGAUCAAAAUCAUUGCACCGCCAGAACGUAAAUACUCCGUAUGGAUCGGUGGCUCGAUUUUGGCAUCGUUAUCGACAUUCCAACAGAUGUGGAUCUCCAAACAGGAAUACGAUGAAUCAGGUCCAUCCAUUGUUCACCGAAAAUGUUUCUAAAUUUUCAAUUUACUUAAAAAACAGAUUGAUAAAGAAAACAAAACAGAUAAAAUGCAACAUCAAAACAAAACAAAAAAUACAUCAACUACAGAUUAUGUCAUUUAUCUUUCUCUUCAUUUUUUUUUCUUAUAAAUUAUUUAUAAACGAAAAAUCGUUGAAAGCACAUACAACAACACUCGGUUGAUUUGGGCAAAGUAUUAUUAAAAAGAGAAAAAAGAUUUCGUUUGUAAACUUUUUGAACAAGGAAAAAAAACUUUUUUAAGAAAGAAACUUUUAUCAAGAACGUUCGUGGGUUAUAAUAUACUUGGAACACAUACACACCGCAUAAUUAUAAUUAUUCAUUUUUCCAAGCAAACAUCAAGUGACUAGAAUUAAAAUUUGCCUAUAAAACAAAGAACACAUCUCUUUCCAGUAUAUAUAUAU